AAAAAAAACAAACAAUGGAAGUAGAACUGUAGAAGAUGGAAGGGGAGAUGGAUUUCAUCAGAGAAAUGCCGGCCACUUCUUCAUGCUGGAUCUCUACUUUAAGAUCACCAUUAUCAUAAUCAUACUAAUGUAUUGAAUGAGUUGAAGAAUAGACUUUCAGCAAGACGUCGACAUGGUAGAAUCUUGCAACGACAACAACAACAAUUAUCAAUCGGUGGUGUUGAUUUCCCUGUUCAAGGUUCUGCUAAUCCUUACUCUGUCAGGUAAUCUAAAUCACUACUUUUUUAUUCUCUGGAGUUCUGUUGUUGGUUGAAUAUGAUCAUAGUUAUUUCUUAGAAAAUCUUUGACUUGUUCUUUUUGCUGAAGAUCCAUGGUGUUUGAAUGAAUAUCUGUGAUUUUUGAGUUUUAUGUUUUGUCGGUUUGAUUUAUAUACGUUGUAUAUCAAGAGACUUAAAUUAGGUUCACCAUUACUGGGGAUUCUGAUGUCUAACUCUUCCGCUCCGGUUGUGGUUGGGUGUCAGUCCGGGGACAUCGGAGAGACGGAUAGAGCAGAUGAUUGAAUUCUUUUGUUCUGGGAAAUAUGUUAUGGAAGAUCUUAUCUUGUUUUAUCACAGUUAUUAUGCUCUUCUUAAGUGUUCCAGUUUACGAAAUCAUGUCCCUUAAUGAAUUUCAUUAUCCAAUGAUGUUUUGCAGUAGAGAACGUUUUGAUGAAAUUGAUUAUUCACAUUUUUAAGUUUUUGAAUUGGCCGGUUCAUGGUGUAAGAGAUACGAUUGAUCAGGAAGAAAAACAAUUGGUGACGGCUCUUGUGAAAAUAGAUAACAUGUGUUUGAAUUCAUAUCCAUUCAUUUUUCCAUCCUUGUCGACCACUUGUUGCCUUCUUUGACCUUUAGUUACCUGGGACCCGCCUACAGUUUACGGUUCCACGCUUUCCAUCGUUUUUAAAGGAUGUAGUUUCUACGUAAGAAACUAGUACCUGUAACUUAUUGCAUGGGUAACUGGCUGGCUAUUGGUUAAUUCAUUACAGCUGUUCUUUAGAUUUCCUUUUUUUCCCGUUUAAAACCCGCUGAUCUUCGUUUACACCGUCAAUCGAAAGGUUGACUGUUAUAAUCUAACAAAUUGUGGCUCCUAAACCGCAAAGAUACUGGAGAAAUUAGUUCUCCGGAUUUAAAGAUUCCAGAAUAUGAGAAGCUCUGGAGUUGUAGAUGAAGUAUCAUUAGCGGGUUCCUCAGUUCCAGCACUGCAUAUGGUGGACUGCCCUUGCGAGAGCUCCCACUUGCUACGAACAGAGGAAGUGGCAGCAAAAGAGGUUAGCCUCAAUAUUGAUGGGGGGAAAGUUCAGGACUGCCGGGAAGCUCCUCCAGCAGCUUGUGAGUACCGUUCUAGUGGGAACGGGUGUUAUGCUGAUGAUCAGUGUCAUCAUCCUGGUUUCAGGAUGAAGAGAAAUCAAGACCAGAUUCUUGAGAUGGUACUCUCAGUAAUUUCUCUCCUGUUGACACUCAGCGCAGUUGGCGGUUUCGCUUUCACACAAUUGCUCACUACCGUCAGAAGCCAUGACCAAUAUCCAAACCAUGACCAAUUUCUCGAGCACAGUUUGGUAGCCUUCAAUGUGUUAUUUGCUGCAUCCUUCUUUUGCAACUUCCUGGCCGCAUUUGUACAUUUCAUUCUCCAAUCUCGUCGUGAAUGUUUCCCGUAUACGAAGUUUAGCCUUAUCAUAAGCAACACAUUUUCGUUUGCUUUUCUAAUACUUGGUUAUGGCUUUGUUAUAGCUUUCAAUAUCCAAUAUCGUUGAGCCAUUGUACUUUGUUACCAUGGGUUGGCCUUGGCACCCAGAUAUCAUAUAUAUGUAUGUACUGUAUUAUAUGCAUGCAGGUGAAGUAUUAGUUGAAAUAAACACAAAAUACUUGUGUAUUUUUCUACUCGCAGCCUAAAUAGAAGCUUAUAUUGUUCUGAACA